AUGCCUCCUCCCCAGGACGAGAGGGAGGCGCGCCAGAGCUACGCUAAAGAUUGCUUUGAAAUUCUCCGAGACAAAGCAGUGAAGAUCCUGAAUAGAAACAGUCAAUAUUCUAGUAGGAACAGCAAUGCUCUCAGUGGUACCACUCUGAAAUGGGUUUGGUUCCAAGGUUCUGUUCCCAGUGGUGCUGUGUCCAUCUGGAAUGACUAUGCCAAGAGGACAGAAUACCCCUGUUAUGAAUCAGGCUGCACACCUGGUUUCUACAGCCCAAAACGUGGCUCCUACUGUUUGUAUCCUUAUGGAAACAAGGAAUAUAAGACUUCCCAGUUCCGGCUUUUGGUAAAUGAAAACAACUUCGAAUCACUGAAGUGGCAAAAGGAUUCCUGGGGUGAUGUUCCAUUGAAUUCUAUAAACAGCUGCCCAGGAUACCAAACAUAUGUAUGGGAAAAUAAAUACGGCCUUGGGAAGGUAGUCCCCCAACAUAAGGCUUUCUUUAUAGGGAUAAAUGGUAAGGCAUACUGGUAUAAACAUUAUGAUGUUCUGGUGGUUUACAAAGACUAUGUCUCACAGCACAUUUACAAUGUUCAUUAUAUGAAGGAAAAGGGGACAUACACCAAUCAGGCCUUGACCUUAGUUUCCAUCAGAGUCACCAACAAGAAUUGUAAAGCGGUGAAGAAAAUUACCUCACUAUCCAAAACAAUAACAAAUGAACAUCGCUGGGAUUUUAGCACUUCCAUCUCAAUAGGUGUGAGCACUAGCAUAACCGGAGGGAUCUUUUCGAUAGUGAAUAUGGGAUGGAGUCUCAGUAGGGAGAAAAUGUUCAGUUGGAGUGAGGGGUCUGCAAUGACCAAAUCAGUCACAUUUUCAGAAACGGUAGAAGUUGAUGUUCCCCCUAACCACACGUGUGAGGUGACAAAGGAAGGCCAAAGAAUGUAUGGGAACAUUCCCUUCACUGCAACAGCGACUCGUGAAUAUCGCAAUGGGGAGAGACGAAGUGGCACUGUCCAGGGAGUCAGUAAAAAUACUAUUGUGGCACAUGUGGAUACCUAUGUAAAGCAGUGCCAACCAAUCCCAAAUGCAACUCCAUGUAAGUAAUUAGGUCAUGGGGAUCUGCCAGCUUUAUAGCCACAUUAGCAGAAAUCAAGAAGGGGA